UAGCAUUUCCAACUCCGGUCCGGUCCAAAAUCUACAUUUAAGAGCUUCCCACCAACUGCCUUAUUCGGCCGGUUAUAUCUCAUGAUUCACAGCCUCGCUUCCUCGCCGGCGACCGACGACCGGCGUAUAAUCGUUAACUGCUCUCUGCCUAUCGUUCUCUCUCUAUACUAUAUAUAUACUGUCUAUAGAUAUUUGCUAGAUUUCAUCGCCACAAAGCGUCAUUUCCUCCUCCAUUUGCGGUCAGCCGGACAAUAACCGUCCAUUUCCGGAUAGAUUUCGUCCACCAGAUCUCGUCUUCAUAAGAAGGUACCUUGCGGUUAUCAUUUCGCAUUCGUUCUUCUGCGUCCUCAACUAAUCACCAUCAGAAUACGUGACAAGUUCGGGGAAUCUCCGGCAUGGCUUCGGAGAAAUUAUACGCCGAUGUAUCGGAGAUUCCGUCUAGGAUAGAAGAAGAGAAGGUGAAUGAGAUUGCGAUUGAUGGAAUUUCAGGUGUUUUAUAUAAAAGGAAGAAUUUCGGAAGAGGCUGGCGUCCUAGAUGGUUCGUUUUGAAAGACGGCGUCGUAUCGUAUUAUAAGAUCCGUGGAGCGGAUAAAGUAUCGCCUGAAAACGCAAGAGGAUCUAGAAUCAUCGGCGAAGAAUCUCUCCGGAGAGUUUCUUAUCGUCAGAUUCUUCCUCCAAAGCUAAUCGGUGAAAUUCAUAUCAAGGUUUCGUCGAUUCAUGAGAGUAAAUCGAGUGAGAAAAGGUUUACAAUCUUCACGGGUAUAAAGAAAAUGAAUCUGAGAGCAAAGACAUUGGAAGAUAGAACGGCAUGGGUGGAAACAUUAAGAGCUGCCAAGGAUAUGUUUCCAAGGAUAUCAAAUCUUGAAUUGAUGGCUCCUGUUGAAAACUCGGUUGUAUCAACUGAAAAGCUUAGGAUGAGAUUAAUGGAUGAAGGAAUGAGUGAAGAGAUGAUUAGGGAAAGUGAAAGGAUAAUGAAAAGUGAGUAUACAGCAUUGCAGAGUCAGCUUGUGAUGCUGAAACAGAAGCAUUGGGAUCUCCUUACAUCUCUGCAACAGCUAGAAGUUGAGGUAAUGAAUAGAAGAAAAAACCAUUCCAACAAAAUCUCAUCUUCUUCUUCUUCUACAGAUAAAGUAUUAGAAUUGCCUAGAGUAACUGGAUUGAUGCUUGUAGGCUUGUAAUUCUCUUUUUCAAACUCUCUUCUUCUCAAUUUUCAUGUACAUAUGUUAUAUAUAUUGUCUGAUCAAUGGGUCUAGACUAUUAUGUUUU